GGUUUCCCUGUUUGCAGCCCAUUCCCCAUUUAGAAGCCAUUUUGGACACAGAUCAGUAACAUGCAUGUAAACCCCGACCGACCUCCCGGUGCAGCGGUGCUACUAUUCAAGCGAAUAACCUCAAAAAAGAGCGCUGAGCUUUCGUCUCGGGCGGUUUAGCGUCUUCCCGUUCGGUUUUUGGAUCCACUUCCGAUGCGAAACGCUGCACCUUUUCACGGACUAAACAGUCUGGCAGUCAGUUAACCGCUCCUCUCUUUCUUUUUUUCUCUUGCAACAUUGUUGCGGCGUCGCGGCUAUUGACACGAGUUGUGGUGGUGGUGGUGGUGGUGGUUGAGGCUGCUGGACGGACCGGAGGCCUGUGGUCGUUUUGAUCCUGGACGGAUGUUUUGGACAACCUGAGUUUUAAUGUUCGCGACGGAAAGCGGGGGGAAAUAUCUGUCCUGUAUUCAAAACGGAACAUGUCUUUUUCAUGGCUGACUUGUUCACUUCUUCUGGGAACUUUAUGCGCAGGGUACAGUCUGGGCGAAGCAGAGACCCGGGAGUGUGUGUACUACAACGAUAACUGGCGUACGGAGAGGACCAACCAGAGCGGCUUCGAGCGCUGCGAGGGCGAGAAGGACAAGCGACUGCACUGUUAUGCCUCCUGGCUGAACUCCUCAGGGACCAUCAAGCUGGUGAAGAAAGGUUGCUGGCUGGAUGACUUCAACUGCUAUGACAGGCAAGAGUGUGUCUCCAUGGAGGAAAACCCUCAGGUCUUCUUCUGCUGCUGCGAGGGCAACUACUGCAAUGAACGAUUCAUCCACCUUCCUGACAUGAUUGGCAGUGGCAACCAAGUGAAAAUCCGGCCUCCACCCCGAGUGCCGUCCCUGCUCAACGUGCUCGUGUACUCCCUGCUGCCUCUCUGUGUGCUGUCCCUGGCCCUCAUUCUGGCCUUGUGGAUGUACCGCCACCGCAAACCUCCCUACGGCCAUGUGGACCUGAGCGAGGAUCCUGGAGCGACUCCUCCAUCCCCCUCACUGGGUCUGAAACCACUGCAGCUGCUGGAAAUCAAAGCUAGGGGGCGCUUUGGUUGUGUUUGGAAGGCCCAGUUGAUGAGCGAAUAUGUUGCUGUAAAGGUCUUCCCUGUGCAGGAUAAGCAGUCGUGGCAAAACGAGCGGGACAUAUUCGUGACUCCGGGGAUGCGUCAUGAAAACCUCUUGCGUUACAUCGCUGCAGAGAAGCACGGCACCAACCUGGAGGCGGAGCUGUGGCUUAUCACAGAGUUUCAUGAGAGGGGCUCGUUGACAGACCACCUGAAGGGUAACAAUGUGAACUGGGGUGAACUGUGUCACAUAGCAGAGACCAUGUCCCGCGGCUUGGCUUACCUCCAUGAGGACAUUCCCAGCUACAAGGGAGAGGGGCCCAAACCCACCAUUGCACACAGGGACUUCAAGAGUAAGAAUGUGAUGGUACGAGAUGAUCUGACUGCAAUCAUUGGAGACUUUGGGCUCGCUGUACGAUUUGAACCAGGAAAACCUCCAGGAGACACUCAUGGCCAGGUGGGUACGAGGCGUUACAUGGCUCCAGAGGUGCUGGAGGGAGCCAUCAACUUCCAGCGAGACUCCUUCCUGAGGAUAGACAUGUAUGCUAUGGGCUUGGUGCUGUGGGAGCUGGUGUCUCGCUGCACAGAGGCAGACGGUACAGUUGGAGAGUACAUGCUGCCGUUUGAGGAUGAAAUAGGCCAGCAUCCCUCCCUGGAGGAUCUGCAGGAUGUGGUCGUGCACAAGAAGAUGCGUCCAGCCAUCAAGGACUGCUGGCUCAAACAUCCUGGUCUGAGCCAGAUGUGCGAGACCAUCGAAGAAUGCUGGGACCACGACGCAGAGGCGCGAUUGUCUGCUGGUUGCGUGGAGGAGCGCAUCGGCCAGAUCGCCAGGACGAUCAGCAGCACUACCUCAGACAGCCCCGUGUGCAUCGUGAUGUCGCUCACCAACGAGGACCUACCUCCCAAAGAGUCCAGCACCUGAACGGGUGACCACCAUCCAUCUGAGCUCCUGACUUUUUAUUUUUCAAAUCCAAACUCGGCGGAUCUCCGUGAAUAUUUAAAAACAUUUUUUUUUUUAAAACAACUACUAGCAACUUGAAUGCAGCUGCUAUUUUAUCCCACACUGGUAAUUUUUUUUAUUUUUUUAUUUUUUUUGGGUGUUGAAAGUCAGAUCUUACUAACACAUCCAUCUGCUGUAGUUUUGAAGUAGUAAUAAGUUAUGCGAUGGGCACAUCUGAUAACACCCGUGUGUCGAAUCUUAAAUGUCGUCAUUACCUCAUGUAUUUCUUUCGUGUUAGUAUAUUUUUUUAUUACCUCAUAAGUUGUUAUCUUGGUCGUUUUCCUGUCUUGGUCAUGAUCGUCGGCGGCCAAAUUAAAUGAACUUUUGCUCCAAACCUCGGACGACGUGCUGCACACCUCGGAGGAACCGUUUUGAGACUGUUAGACAAAAUACAUUCAUCUUCCUCAGGGGUCGAAGCUUCUUGAUUUCUAAACUCGAGUGUGCUCCCUUAUUUUAAACCUGUGAAUGCCUCAGAAUGGAAAAAAAAAAGAUUUUAAAACAUCGGAGCACAGAUGUGUUUAUCGCAAGAGAGGAGCUAAAAUGGGAGCUGAGCAGUAAUAUUGGACAUUUGCGACUUUUUGAAGAUUUGGGACGAUCCUCUUGUCCCCGGGGAGCUACCUCUCAGGUAUCCAGUGGGCUUCUUUGGAACAUUUUCUCUAAGUUGAGAGCCAAGCUAUCCAGCUAGCUAUCAUGGACAUAUUCCUGGAUUCUAUUUUGUUUUUUUAAUUGUAGAAAUUCAGAGUUACUCCUUUGCCAGUGCCAGGGGCAUUGACGGAUGCUGUCUGGAGUUCCAAUGUUACACAUUCUUGAUUUUAACUGUCUUGUCUGUGAAUGAUUGUGUGUGUGAAUGAUUGUGUGUGUGAAUGAUUGUGUGUGUGAAUGAUUGUGUGUGUGUGAGAAUUUGAAGACUAAAUGAUGUGCGAUGGAUAGAGUGUGUUUUUAAAGUAAGAAGCAUGGGCAGAUAGUUGGGGUUUAUCCUUGCGAGGGCCAUACUUGAGUAAGCAACAUGUCUGUUUUUCAUUUUCAUGGGUGUUUCUUCAAUAGACUCAGUCGGACACCAGUCCCCAGAUACCUCAAGUCACUGUACAUCAUGCAAGGAGAGCUCAAAUGGUUGCCUUUGUCUCAAAUGCAAUGCCAUAGUUGUACCAUAACACGAAUACCAUACAUUGAAUGUCCGUUAUGCUGCUGUGACUAUUCCAGGAUACUCAAGGAUUUGUAGAUGUACAUGUAUUCUUUGUUGAUAUAACGCUAAUGAUAUUAUUGUGAGGCUAAUAUUCUGUUUUUGUGUGUUUUUGUUUUUUUGACUGGGUAAGCCCUCAGCUGCUUACUCCUCCAGACUGACCUCAGAUAUUCUGACAAGUACCUCAGGCUUUUUCUACAAUGUAUAUCAAGUUGUGUUAUGUAUUUUAUUGUGUUUUAGUAGUUGAGAUAUUUUAUUGCCGGUUGGGCCUCUUUGUCUGUGUUCUUUUAUUUUAUUUUAUUUUUUUUCAAAAGAGCCUGACCAGUCGUCGCGGUGUUAAUGCUGUACAAACCUAAAAAGAAGAGAGGCAGAUUCUUGUAAAUAGACCUGUUCACACAGUUGCCGAACACUAAUCUGUUUUGUUUUUUUUAAUUCAAAAGCAGGGCAUUAUUGUUUUCAUUUCACAGAAACAGAAAGGGAUUUCUCAGUUCCACCUCUACAUAUUUAACAGUCAUUUUGACAACCAGCCCUGUGAUAUUUUAUAUAUAUAUAUUAUUUUUUUUUCCAAGAAUGGUAGUUGUGUUGCUGAUUUAUAUUAAUAACGGUAUCAGUUCCUCUGAAUCAGAAGCUGUGUAGGUAGCACUUGCAUUAGAAAGCUUAGUGUAUAUAUAUAUAUAUAUAUAUAUAUCAACAACAAAAAAAUCCCUGAUGGUUAGGUGCUGGCGGCUUCUGUGAUUGGCCACUUGUUAGAAAUGCCCGUUUUUACAGUAUUACCUCAAUAAUUAACCCGCUGAUGUGAUGUUCAGAGCUGUUCGGUGAUAUUUAAACCACGUUGGACGACACACAGGCUCAUCUGUUGUGCUUUGGUAGGUGUUGUGAAAGAUGGUGAUUUUAACAGUGCUCUGUGACGCUUGCUCCUGUGCAGUUUUGGUAAAGAACUUGUGGGUUGGGUUGGGUUCGGGGGAGGGGGGAGAAAAACCAUCAAUCCAUACCGACUAUUAUAUAUAGAAUCAUCAACUCUGUGAUUGAGUGAUAAUGCAUCCCCAUUGCGAAUCAUGUAAACAGUGGCAUGUGCGUGGUCCAAGAGUCCAGCAAUAUUUAUUAUACAGCAAUAGUCACUUGAAUAUCGUAGUUUAAGUAGUUAAACUCAGAUGUGACUUAGCAGUUUUCUUUUGUGGAUCAAUAAAGUGCAUCUCAUCACACCUGGAUCAUGUUCUGAUGGAGACACAUGUUAAAACCUCUUAAACGAAUAAAUGCUGUGGGUUUAAUUUCUGUGACAGCUGAACGUGACCCAGGUGCUUUCACAUAUUGUGCCAGAAAAACAACGAUCACGAAGGAAAAUCUGCCGUGACCGUUCGUUACCUCCAAAUGCUGUCUUACACCCAGCUCUUCUGAACAGAAAAACCUGUUACCUCGUGCAGUACCUCGUUAGUAACACUAACAAGGAGUCAGUCUCAUCUUCAAAACAAAAAAAGGAAAAGAAAAAAAAAGAAUUGUGUAUAUAUUAACUUGACAAAUGUAAAGGGUUUCUUCCUUUUCAUGUGUGAAUCAAAAACAUUUUUUAUUUUUUAUUUGCAGUCAACAUAUUGCUCAUUUGUCAUUGUGUGAAUGGGGGUUUGACUGAAUAGUGUGACCUUCCCUGUUUAUGUGAACUGUGUGUGUGUGUGUGUGUGCGCGCGCUUGCGGCGUGUGUGGGUGUAUGUUGGUUGGUUUCACUAAAACAGUACGAAUGGUAACUUUAUCUGUGUGUUGAGAUGCUUAGAAAUAUAAACUAGAUGAGAAUACAUCCAUCUUUUUGUAUAUUGAAAUAAAGACAAACACUGAUUAACCAUGCAAACGGAAGUCGUUUUUCUUCAGUUCACAUCAGUUUCACCAUGUUUAACUUUCAUGA